AUGAGUGACGACGAUGAGUGGUGUGCGACAAUCGGAGAACAAGAAGACGAGUGGUAUGCGUGCGACACUGCGAUAGUCGAUGACUCGAUGCCUCAAUUGACGGAGACGGGAGACACGGAGUCAUUGAACGAGAGAUCGUUAGUGUGUCCCUUUUGGGAUCUCUCAAAUCCUCUAUUCGUUAACCAUGCAGAAUUGGCUUGGCAUGAGAUGAGAAGAGCUUGGGUUGGUGAUGGAUCUGAAACAUCACAUACCAAGUUUAGACAGCCCAUUCUCAGUUGGACUACAAGUUUUGAAGAUUUGCUCUCAUCUGGUGAAACAUUCCCUGAUCCGAUUCCCUUAGCUGAUGUGGUGGAUCUUUUAGUUGACAUUUGGAUCGAAGAAGGUUUAUACAACUAGAUUGAAUGUCAUUUUAUUAUACAUGUAGAUGUAGUGCACAGGAAUUACACUGUUGCAACAUCCAUAAAUUAUAAACAUUGUACUACAAAGUACAAAUAGAUUAGAUUUGUCACCGAUGGCUAGUUGGCUUUACCAAAUUUGUCUUUGUUAUUCGUAAAA